AUGGGGAAGACCAUCGCGGCGCAGGCGGAGGACAAGGGGAGAACACGAGGAUGCGCACAGCGGGGCGUUGGAUUGACUUCGAAUGACAGGCGGCUCGUGAGCGAUCCGUUGCAUUUUACUGGGGUAGACCUUGGAGACCGAACCGGCGCAACGCGGAGGAGCUUUCCUUACCAUGGCUCUGAAGAUGAAGAGGACGAUGACAUUACUUCUUCCGGCGACGACGACGACUACGACGAGGGGGCACAGCUGGUCCUGCGAGAGAGGGAAGAGGAGGCAUUGGUGCAAUCAGCGCUGGCGCGCAUUCAGCGUGCCCAAGACCGCGGUAAGAAAGAGGUCAAGCUCAACAAGGAGGAGCUCGCCGCCCUCGAACGAAGGCGGAAGCGCAUUCAGGAGGAGGAGGCGGCCGCGGCAGCAGCAGCGGCAGCAGCGAGACGAGCGAAUGCUUCAGCAAGCGGCAGCGAGCGCAAACGUCGCAAGGAGAAGGAGAAGCGAUAUGUAAUUCCCCUCGCACAGCUCGAGGCGACGCCGCGCAAAAAGGGCAAAAAGUCACCCCCUGUGUCUGACGACAACUUACCACGGCACCCCUCUCCAGCCAAUACGGCGGAGGCACCGACAAGGCGAGAAGUUCUGCCGCCCAUGGGGUUCUUUCCGCCACCCACAUCAUCUCGGACCAGGCCCCGAUCUUCGACCACGUCGUCCCACCGGUCCUUUCGGGCAAUGGAAGACCAUCGCGGAUCGUCACCUUUCAACCCAGCGGCCUACAGCCAACCUCCAUCGGCUCACCGGCACGUCUCGGAUACGGUUAGCUCAAGGCCGCGUUCCUCUAGAGGUGCUCUGCCCUCGGAGGAUGCCUGGACGCCCGGGCUCUCGCCGGCAUCGUCCUCGUCGUCCAUCUCGAGGAGCCGGCACUCACUGGACCCGCACAUGUUUCAAUCGGAGAGCUCGCGCGCGCCGUACCUGACUGGCGCUGGGGCUACCUCCCGGAGGCACCUCGCAGGUCCGGCCGAAGCUCGGCGGUCGUCGGGCCCCCCUGCUGCAGCUAGGGGCGGCAGAAGCUCGCGGCGGCCGAGCCCAGACGAGACGAGUGAGGCGGCGAGCGAGACGAGCGACCCAGACACGAGCGACGACCUCGGCAACGGGGUUCAGAUUGUAGAUCCGCCGCUACGAAGGGGCAGGCGAAGUGAAAUUGUGGUUGAGGAAGAACCGGCGGAUCCGCGCCGUGAAGUGUCGAGGGGUAAGAAGUCGUCCAACUCGUCUCCUGUCAAGAGAAAGCCAGUUGCCAGCGGAAGGAAGAAGAAGAAGUAG